AUGAAUCCAUGGCUUCUAAAGCACCCACAUAUUUCUCUCUACUAAUCUUCCCUACUUUACUUAUUAUCUUUUACUUAUCUUUCUACUCUCAAAAUAAGUUUAAUUCAAGUCUUUCUAAGCGUUUACCAAUUCCAUCAAAUCCUCUAAUUAAUGUCACAAAUGAUAAUCAUCAUGACUUCUCAUCAAUUUUCAUCUUUGCAAAAGAGAAUGAAGAAAAACAAAAGAUAAGCAAGAACAAGAGGAGUAGUUUGGAGAUGAUUGAGGAUGGAUUGGCUCGAGCACGGGCCGCCAUUCGAAAGGCGGCUCGGCGUCGGCGUUAUAAGUCGAGAAAAGGGGAGACUUUCAUCCCAAGAGGACCAGCAUACCGAAAUCCUUAUGCACUUCAACAGAGCCAUAAAGAAAUGGUGAAAAGAUUCAAAAUAUGGACUUACAAAGAAGGGGAAAGACCCUUGGUACACCAAGCACCAAUGAACUAUGUAUAUGGUUUAGAUGGACACUUCAUGGAACAGCUUGAAGGAAGCAACGAUAGCUUGACAAACUUUAUAGCUCGCCACCCCGACGAAGCACACGUAUUCUUCCUCCCUUUUAGUGUGGUUGAAUUGGUGGUCUUCUUUUACGAUCCGGCGCUUUCCGGUGCCGAGAACCUUGCACCACUUCGGAGGGUGGCGUUGGAUUAUGUCAAUGUGGUGGCUCUAAAGUAUCCUUAUUGGAAUAGAUCUCUUGGGGCUGAUCAUUUCAUGCUCUCUUGCCAUGAUUGGGCACCAUAUGUCUCAGACAAAAAUCCAAAAGUGUACAAGAAUUUUAUCAGAGCAAUAUGUAACGCCAAUACAUCCGAAGGAUUUGAACCCAAGAGAGAUGUUAGUAUCCCAGAAGUAAACUUUCCAUAUAAAGAAAUAAACCAACCAAUCUCGAGUUUGGGAACAAGUAAUCGUUCAAUCUUAGCAUUUUUUUCUGGUCGGGUAAAUGGACAUAUAAGAAAACUAUUAUUCGAUCAAUGGGAAAAUGACGAUGAAAUUCAAGUACACCAACAUCUUCCCAAGGGUGAAAACUACUUUGAAAGGCUUAUGCAAAGCAAGUUUUGUUUGUGCCCAAGUGGUUUUGAGGUCGCGAGUUCGAGACUUGUUGAAGCCAUACGUGCUGAUUGUGUUCCAGUCAUCGUUAAACAAAAUUACUCAAUUCCUUUUAGUGAUGUUCUUGAUUGGACUAAAUUUUCAGUUUAUAUUCCUGAGGAGAAAAUACCAGAAAUUAAGACUAUUUUGAAAGGGAUUUCUUUGGAAGAUUAUGAGCAGUUGGUUGAUGGAUUAAGAAGUGUUAAAUGGCAUUUUACUAUGAAUAAACCUGCUAAGCCAUUUGAUUUGAUUCAUAUGGUGUUGCACUCUAUAUGGUUAAGAAGGCUUAAUAUUAGAUUGCCCCUUUAAUAGUUUUUUAUAUUGAGAUUAAAUUUCCCUAGCUAGCUUAUUUUUUACAUGUAUCUUUUUAUAAUAACAUAUACUCCAUAUAUUUUCUUGUUAUAGAUGUAAUUAAAUAGGUGAGUUUUAAUCUUAUUACAAGAUCAUCGAUUUACAAUGAA